UCGGCGCGUGCGCAGUGCGUCCCAGGGCGAUGGAGGCGCUGUCGGCGGCGCUGGAGGAGGUGGCGCUGGAGGGGCUGGACGGGGCCACGGCGGGGGCCCUCUGGGAGCGCCUGGCGGCCCGCGUGCCGCCCUUCCCGCUGCCGCUGCCGCUGGAGCCCUCCGCCCGGGAGCUGCUCUGGGCCUCGCUGGCCGCUCACCCGGAGCUCGGCUUCCACCUCCUGCCCUGCGCCCGGCCCCCGCUCCGCCUCUACGACCGGUACGAAGAGAUCGACCUGGAGACGGGGAUCCUGGAGAGCAAGAGGGAGCCCGGCCCCGCGGACGACGUCUACCCGGUCUGCAUGGUCCUGGAGGACGACCGAGGCAUCCAGGGCUCCUGCCGGGACUUCAAGCAGCGCCUAGACGUCACCGACCAGGUCAGGACCAAGGACCUGCGGCCCUGCUGCACCUUCGCCCAGGCCUAUGAGAAGUGGGGAGAGAGACUGGUCAUGGUUGCCUCCCAGGCGCUGCGCCACAGAACGCUGAUCGGCUGGGAGGGGGACCCAGACCUGAAGCUCCCGGACUUCUCCUACUGCAUUUUGGAGCGGCUGGGGCGGGCGCGAUGGCAGGGAGAGCUCCAAAGAGACCUCAGCGUUGUUUUCAAGGUGGAUGCUGGGAAGCUGCACUACCACCGGAAGGUGCUGGACAGGAACGGACUCAUCUCCAUGCAGUCCCAUGUGAUCCGGCUGCCAUCGAGGGCCCAGCAGCAUUCCAUCCUUUUGCUGUUGACCCGCUUUCACGUUGACAGAAGGAGCAAAUACGACAUCCUGAUGGAGAAGCUCUCCAGUAUGCUGAGUGCCCGGCCGGGUCGGAUGGAAACGCUGGUGAACAUAAAGGAAGAGCUGGGUCUUUGUGAUAAAACAUUUAAACGUCUGUAUCAGUAUAUGAUGAACGCCGGCUUGGGCAAGAUCAUGUCCGUUCCCUUACAAGAAGUGCACCCAGACAAGGGCCCCUUCAAGACAAAGAAGGGAACUGACAUUUUGGUUCGUUGCCUGAAACUGGUGAAGGAGUUUCGGAAGAAGGUGGAUGAUUUCCAUGAUGAUGAUGAUGAUGAUGAAGAACUGAUCACUAAACCUGUGCAACCUGUGGAUAUUGUGUAUGAGAAGGACAUGCUGUCGCAGGCUUACGAACUGAUUGAAAGCUGGGGGACCAAAGGCAUUUCCCAGGCAGAACUUCGAGCUGCUAUGAAUGUGGGGAGGCUGGAAGCAAGGAUGUUGUGCCGCCUCCUGGCGAGGUACAAAGUGAUCAAGGGAUUCAUGGAGGAUGAAGGCAGGCAGCGGACCACCAAGUACAUUGCAUGCGCGUAUGCAGAGGAGAGUGACCUUAGCCGGCAGUUUGAGCGAGAGAAGGCCCGCAGUGAGCAGCUGGCCAUGGCCAAUGCGUCUGCAGCUCAGGAUGACUCACUGAUGGGAGAAGAGCUCUCUCCAGCUGAGGAAGAAGCUCUGGUUUCCGAGGAAGAGAACGAGGAAGAGGAGAGAGAAAGUGGGAGGCUGAAGAAGUCCAGUUCAAGACCGCUGCUGAGGCUCAAUUUCCAUGAGGCAGAAGGCCCUGGCCACUCAACACCAUUGAAAGCCCAGAAAUCUUCAUGCCUCCCUGAGUAUCCUGAUGAGAUUCCCACUUGCUUGGCAGAUGCUGAUUCUGCCUUGGAGACUCUAAAGCCAGAAGCUCCCCUGUCAGAUGGUGUGCUGGUUGAGAAGGAAGUCUGCAACAUGGUUGUGGUGGAGGAAGUUAGGCCGCAAACUCCCAAAAAGCGCUGUGAUGAGAAGAGGAAAAAUAAGCGCUCACGAACUGUGACAGCUGAGCGAUCACGCGAGACCUACCGCUUGUUGAAGCGACGGAACCUCAUCAUAGAGGCUGUCCGAAACCUUCGCCUCAUCGAGAGCUUGUUUGCGCUUCAGAAAAUGAUCAUGGAUCAGGAGAAGCAAGAAGGAGUCCUCACCCGGUGCUGCAAGAAGUCCAUUGUCCGCUUAGUGCAGAAACUCUCCCAGGAAGGCCUUCUGCGCUUCUACCGCACCACCGUUAUCCAGGACGGGGUCAGCAGAAAGGUUGAAUUUGUUGUGGACCCCUCUGUGAAUCCCAGCGACCCCCUGGUGAAAAGCGCCAUUGAGCAAGUGCGCUUCCGCCUCUCUAACUCAAAUACUGUGAACAGGAUUAAAAUUCCCCAGACCCCAACCCCACAGACCCCUUUGGACGAAGGCAGCCGAGAGGCUGGGGUUGGAGAUGCCUUGAGGGAAAUGGAAGGCCGCUCCUCUCCUUGCAAAAAGGAGGCCACUGGCGAAAAGGUGCGGAUUGCGAAAUUCAACUACCACCCUGUGAUAGUGCCAGGCCUGGGCCGCUCCCUGGGCUUCCUGCCCAAAAUGCCUCGCUUAAAGACGGUCCACCUCUUCCUGUGGUACUUGGUUUACGGACAUCCCCUGCACCGCCAUCGGCGACUGAGUGCCAGCAAGGAGCCUGGGGGCAGCCAGCAGAGUCUGGGUGUGCGCUCUGGUGUCCCACUGGGAGAAGAGGAGCUUCAAGCAACAGGCGAGGAAAGGCAACCUGGGGCUCUUGCUCAGGAGGUGGAGGUGCAACUCGGAGAACAGGCUGGUAAGGACCAGCACAGGCCCACUCUCUGCCGGGAAGUGUAUGUGGACAAUGCCUCCUGGAUGCGCCACGUUCCUCCUCUUCCGAUCCACAGGGAGUUUGGCCACGGAUGGGCUCUUGUCAGUGACAUCCUGCUCUGCUUGCCGCUCUCUCUCUUUGUCCAGAUCGUGCAAGUCAGCUACAAGGUGGAUGGCCUGGAAGAUUAUUUAAACGAUUCUCUGAAGAAACACACAUUGAUCAGAUAUCUUCCAAGAUCAGUUCGACAGAAGCUCCUAUACAAGAGGAGAUACAUCUUUUGCAUUGUGGAAAGCCUGCAGAGGUUGUGUUACAUGGGGCUGGUACACUUUGGUCCCACAGAAAAAUUCCAAGAAAAAGAUCAGGUGUUUGUUUACUUGAAGAAAAAUGCUGUGAUCAUGGACACCACCGUCUGUGAGCCCCACUACAACUUGGCACAAAGCUCCCGCCCCUUCGACAGACGCUUGUACGUCCUGAACAUGCUGCAAGAUGUGGAGAAUUUCUGGUUUGACCUGCAGUGUGUCUGCCUCAACACACCGCUAGGAAUUGUCCGCCAUCCCCGUGCCAGACGAAGUGGAACGCAAGCCGAUGAGGCAGGCAUCAGCCUGGAUGCAGCACUGGAACAAGAGUCAGCAGCCCACAAGCACAAUCUUGAGCGCAAGUGUGCCAUGCUGGAGUACAGCACAGGAAGCCGAGAAGUGGAGGAUAAUGGUUCGAUUCCUGGGGAUGGGUUGGGAGCAGGUGGACUGGAUUCCAGCUUUUACAGCCACUUAAAACGCAAUUGGAUUUGGACAAGCUACAUCAUUAACAAAACCAAAAAGGAGAAUGCAGUGACUGAAGUGGGGCAUACUGUCCGGCUCCAGACCUUUCUGACCAAACGCUGCCUGCCACUUGCCCCGAGAGGUGGAAACACCAUGAUCUGGGGAGAUGCUCUGGCCAGUCCAGAACCUGCUGUACAGAAAGAAGACUUGGAGGUGGAAAAAGAGCCAGCGCUGAACAGAAACAAGAGAGUGAGGGGUGGGAAGAGCCAGAAGAGAAGGCGGCUGAAGAAGGACGUGGUGAAGAAGGCAAAGAAGAAGAAGCGAAAGAGAGGCUGUUCCCAAGACGACUCUGAGGAGAAGAGAAAGAGGCCGCGUUACCAUGAUGAGGCGGACCAGAGUGCCUUGCAGCGGAUGACCCGCCUGCGGGUCACUUGGACUGUCCAAGAGGACAGCCUCUUGAUGCUCUGCAGGAUUGCCAGCAACGUUCUCAACACCAAGGUGAAGGGGCCGUUUGUGCCGUGGCAGGUGGUCAGAGACAUCAUGCACGCCAACUUUGAGGAAUCCUUGGACAAGACUUCGCAUUCAGUUGGGCGGCGGGCUCGCUACAUUGUCAAAAAUCCCCAGACCUACCUCAACUACAAGGUUUGCCUGGCAGAGGUCUACCAAGACAGGGCUCUGAUCGAGGACUUCAUGAACAGGAAGGACAACUAUCAGGACCCCAAGGUUUGUUCAGAAGAGUUUAGGGAGUUUGUGGAGAGACUGAAGGAAAAGUUCAGCUCCGCACUGGGGAAUCCCAGGUCUGCGAUUCCCGACACCCUUGAGGAGCUUUUCCGCAGGUUUCGUGUUCUGGCCAUCGGAUAUGAAACCAGUCAAAGUAAGAAGGAAGAUGUGCUUAGCAGCAUCACCGACAUCCACUUCCUGGUGCUGCAGAACCUGAUCCAGAGUACCUUGGCCCUCUCUGACAACCAAAUGAAGUCCUUCCAGUCCUUUCAGACCUUCCGCCUCUACCGGGAGUAUCAGGACGACAUCCUAGUGAAGGCCUUCCUGGAGUGCCAGAAGAGGAGCUUGGUGAACCGCCGCCGGGGCAACCACAGCCUGGGUCCCAAGAAGAGCCGGGCCUUGCCCUUUGUGCCCAUGUCCUUCCAGCUGUCUCAGAGCUACUACAGAGUAUUCACAUGGCGGUUCCCCAGCACACUGUGCAGCGAAUCCUACCAGUUCCUCUUGAAACUCAAGGAGGCAGGAAAGCACGACCAAGAGGCCAGAUUUUCCUUCAAGGAGCAAGACAACCCCUUUGCUUCUGAGAUGGUGGCCUUUCCCUUGGAUGGCUCUGGAGGCUACUGCGCUGCUGUUCUGGCCCUCUUUGCCCUCGGCCUGGUCUCUAUGGAUGUGACAAUCCCGGAGCAGAUCGUGGUGGUGGACAGUACCAUGGUGGAGAACGAAGUCAUUAAAAGCCUGGGAAAAGAAGGGCUUGAGGAGGAAGAGGAGGAAGAGGAGGAGGAAGAUGACAUUGAAGAAAGUGCAAACAGUAAGCGGCAGGUUGAGGUGAAGGCGCACCAAGCCUCGCACACCAACUACCUGCUCAUGAGAGGCUACUAUGCCCCUGGGAUUGUUAACACACGAAACCUGAGCCCCACCGACAACAUCGUGGUCAGUUCCUGCCAGGUGAAGCUGAAGCUAAGAGAGACCCCUGCCCAAGGCAGCCUCGUGACCCAGGAGUUGCUCGACCUGGAGAGCAUGCCAGUGGGGGCCUCCUGCCUCCCCAGCUCCUUCACCCGGCGGUUCAAUGUCCAGGAAGAAGGAGGAGGAGAUAAGGCUGCUCUCCUCCAGGCCCUGGAGCGUUUCUCUUAUGGCCCCGGAGAUGCGGCUGCUGUCCUUGAGGUCAUUCAUGCCAUAGAGGCCGCUUCCCACUUUGGGGUGGACAAGGUGGACCUUGCCAGGCAGUUCCGGCACUACGAGGAGGCCAGUGCGGACCGUGCCCGGCUCUUGCCACAGUAUCUACAGGACCUUCUUGACCUGGAGCAAGUGCUGGAAGUCGGGGCCUACACUCUGCGGCUGGUGGCCAGGAGAUUUGCUCAGCCAUGGCUCUUGCACUCUAUAUUCCUCAGGGAGGAUGACACCCGAAGUGCAUGGGGCCAGGACUUUGAUCUCCCCCAAGAUCAGUCUGAGUCCAGCUGCCGGAAGGAAGAGAAGGGACUCAAAAGGGCCAUCUCUUCGCCUGUUGCGUCCGAGGAAGAGCCAGGAAACAAAAGGCCAAAAAUGGCAGCAGUGGAAGAGGAAGAGAGUCAGACUAUAGACACUGCUGUCCAGGACACAGAACGCCUCUCCGAAGGCACAGGCAGCCCCGUCCUGAAUGCUGGUGGGACAGGGACCCACACAAUGCAUGGAGGAGCAAGAAUGGCAGAAGGGCCAGAAGCCACAGGAGAUGGCAGCGCAGGAGCCAUGGGACAGCAGGGGAGCCAUCCAUGUGAGAAACAGGGCCUGAGUGGCAAGGAAGAUCUGGACUGUGACACUGAUGCCGCCACCGGUGACCUAUACAGAAGUGACCUGGCACAGCAGGAAGGCCUUGACCACACCAGCGGAUGUUCCACGGGGAAAGUGCUGCCGGCUGAGCAGAAAAGAGCCGGGGGGAGCAUCUCCUUCAUCGGCCGGCCCUGGCGCAUCGUGGAUGGCAGCCUGAACAAGCCGGUCUGCAAGGGCAUCAUGGAGGGGGUGCUGUGCCACAUCAUGACCAGGCCUGGCCUCACGGAGGCCGCCCUCAGGCACCACUACCGGGGCGUGCUGCAGCCGGUGGCUCUGCUGGAGAUCCUGCAGGGCCUGGAGUCCCUGGGCUGCGUCCGCAGGUUCCACCUGGAGCCCCCCAAGGCCGCCUCCCUCUUCUCGGCGCCUCUCCCGGAGCAGCCUCUCCUGGGCCCCCGGCUCAGCCAGCCCACGGAGGCCUUCUAUGAGCCCCGGCCGGACUGCGCCCUGCGCCUGGGACGCGUCUUCCCCUACGAGGUCAACUGGAACAAGUGGGGGGGGCCCUCUGAGCAAUAAAGCCCCUCUGGCCCCAGA